GGCAGAGGUUGGGUGAGUUAGCCAGUGGCUAGCAACAGGGCAGGCGAUGCCGGGUAGGAAGGGACAAAAAGGAGAAGGAAGUGGAGGUGGACCUUCCCGAGACAAGUGGAUGUUGAGGAAGACGUGCGGCCGUUCUACUUUACAACCACUUUUUACCAUAAAUGAGGAAGAGGAGGUACAGAGACGGAGGAAUGCUUGCAAGAAGAAACCAGCGUCCUUCUCUCAGUAUCAGUCUGAGGAUGGUGAAGCAUCUACAAUCACCCGCCCCAGCUCCUCAGGCUCCGGGCAGACCUACACCCCCACAGGGACACCUGUCCCCGCUCUCAACCGCACCAGCGCCAGCAAAAGCACAAGUAAUUAUGCUGCAACCAAAACAGACUCGUUGCUCUUCAACAAGAUUGACGAGAGACAGAGGUUGGCCCGCGAGCGCAGGGAGGAGCGUGAGAAACAAAACGCUGUGAAGGAGGCCCAGUGGCAGGCACGUGAGGAGCGAGCCAGGCAGCACUAUGAGAAGCAGCUGGAGGAGAGGAGGAAAAGGCUGGAGGAGCAGCGGGUGAAGGAGGAUAAAAGACGAACUGCCGUGGAGGAGAAACGACGGCAAAAACUGGAGGAGGAUCGGGUGCGUCACGAGGCGGUGAUUCGUCGCACGCUGGAGAGGAGCCAGAAAACCAAACCGAAGCAAAACCGCUGGUCUUGGGGAGGAGCACUGCACACAAACACUCCCAGCACAGCAGCCGGUUUUGUCGAGUCUGCUUUCCUCUAUCCGCUCGACCUUGCUGGGCUGGAGCACAUUCAGGGUGCUUUCAGUCUCUACCACAGAUACGGAAUGACCUCGCAAUAUGCCAAUAGAAGGUCUGUGUCCACCAUGAAUUUAACCAAACAUCCAGACCCCAUCAUUACCAAGCGCCUCUCCUGCUCCUCCGCAACGCUCCUUCACUCACCAGACCGAGGCUUACAGAUGAGAACAGUCUCCACUCCUGUCAUAAACAAAGCUCUGUCCAAACCUCGUUUACAUCAGGGGAAGACCACGCUGCACAAAAACACAGGCCUGCGCCACCUGCCCUUGACGCCAUGGGAGAGCAAUGUGGUGAACCGUCUGCAGCAGCCAACACACUCCUACCUGGCCCGCAGCCGCAGCGCCAUGAGCUUGUCCGGAGAGCAAACAGUGUCCUGCCAUCCCAUGGGCGCUAUGUCCUUCAAGGCCCUGCAGGCUCAGAGUCUUCCUCACUGUCGCAGCCAGGAGAGGAGCCUCAGCAGGGAGACGCCGUCCACUGCGUCCAACACCCCACGGAGGAGGACCACUGGGACGACGCAGAAGCAGAAAGACCGGGAGCAUGUCAGGAAGUCAUGGAGCAACUUGUCCCUUCCACUGAAUCCUGUUCUGACUUUACCCCCCAACAAACUCAUUGCUCCUGCUAAAAAGAGCAGCAAAGUAACAGCACCCUCUCCUGGCAGACUUCCGCUGAAGACAGCAGGGCGUCCUCCGACUCCCAAGCUGCUUAAGUCUCCUGGAACAGAAGAUGCUGGAAACCUGCGUCCUGUUAGGAUCACACCAGAGAGCUCCCACCCCACAACGCCCACCAGAGCUGAGGAGGAGCAGCAGCAGCUGUCUGUCAGCGCUCCUCAGCCUCGACCUCAGCCGUUGGGUCAGAACAAGACCUCGAGAGAGCAGACACCUGCAGCAGCCUCAGGAGCCAGCGAGAGUUCAAGCAGUCCUCCAGCUCCCAAACCUUCAGCGGGCACCACGGAUCCAGAGGAGGCAAGUCGCAUCCUGGCUGAGAAACGACGUCUGGCCCGGGAGCAGAGGGAGAGAGAGGAAGAGGAGCGAAAGCAGAAAGAGGAGCAGGCGAGAUUAGCAAAAGAGGAGAUGGCUCGCCGUAAAGCUGAGGAGAGAACGAGGAGAGAGGAGGAGGCUCAACGCCAGGAAGAGGAAAGGAGAAGGAGGGAGGAGGAGGAGGAGAAGAAGGCUGAGGAGGAGAGGCUUCAAAAGGAGAGGGAGGAGUCGGACAGACUCCAGAAACAGAAAGAAGAGGAGGAGUGUCGAUUGAGAGAGGAGGCCGAGCGACUGAGGCAGGAACGAGAGAAGCACUUUCAGAAAGAAGAGGCCGAGCGGCUGGAGAGAAAGAAGCGUCUUGAGGAGAUCAUGAAGAGAACGAGACGCUCCGACCCAUCAGAAAAGCUGCAGAAAGUCAGGAAUGGAGACGACGCAGUGACCCCCGCCUCUCCUGCAGCGUCUGCGUCACAGAACAGUAACGGCAGCAGUCCUGACCCCUCCCUGAACUCGAGCAGUGCAGCGCCGAGCCAUCCUGAGCAGAGGGAGAACGGACAGUUUGAAGAGGUGAUCCAACUGCCUCUUCUUGGAGAGGAGCAGCAGGCGGAGGAGGAGGAGGAGGGUAGAGUUCCUGUCGUAGCCUUCAUGGAGAACGGUCUUUUAAAGCCUCUGAGUGGAGCAGAGGGGAUAUUAGCCCAGCAGGGACCAGAUGUAGCCUGACGUCGUGCUGGCGACACGAUGACUCCUCGCCCGCAGACUGAAGAGGACAGAGGGAGGCAGAGAAACAUGGAGCUGUUGGACUGAAACAGUGAAAGGACUCUCAGCACAUCUUUCUUCUUUCCUCCUCCUGCACUUUCCUCCGAUGCCUCCAGAGAUUUCUGUAAAUCACCCCAGAAGGAGGUCCGUUUCCUUCGGCACAUUUAGGAACGAGCUUGUCUGUCUCCCAACAACCAGUCGUGGUGGUUGCUGUCGGUGCAGCCUCCAUGUUCCGCCCUGAAAUCACAGGUCAUUCCAACUCCUCCUACGUGAUGCGAGUGUGAAGACAAAUCCUAAAAUCAUGUAAACUGAAAUCAAUUAGGUCUCCUGCUAUAAUAUCUGAAGUUUGUUGCUGCAGACGUCCUUUAAUCAGAUCUUUAUAAGUGGAACACGCAGCAGAGGCUCAGAAUGAGUUUAUUUAUUCUUUGAUUGAAACCUUGUAAUUCUCGUGUUUCAACAUUUCAGAGAUGCAUCGACAGCUCAACGUUUCAGAAUACUUGAACGAGUCUUGUAAUAUAAAAUUCUGCUGCAUCUAGUGUUUAAAACUAGAAGUUAUUGGGGUGAGACGGGGGGUGUUUGAGUAUUACAGGCUUUAGGUUUAAUGAUGAAAUUAAAAUAACUUCUCAGGCAACAGAGAUAGGAUGUAAACUUCUGAUUCUUCUUUAGUUUUAUUUGCUGUACAGAUAAAACGUCAACUCUUUUUGUUUUAAUUUAAGAAGUCUUUUGAAUUUCAGCCCAUUUGUUGACUCUUUACACCUAAACCUUGUCGAAGCUGCAGCUGACAUCAUUCUCAGCUGCUGGGUACGUUGGAGAACUUUUGUAACUUCACCUUGAGUUAAAAGCUAACCUUAGUUGUGGUCAAACCAGCACAUGGAUUAAAUUUGAUUUGAUGCAAAAAUGCUGCUAACUUGAUGCUUCACAGCAUCAUGGCUGUGAAGCGAUUACAGCCAUUCCUAACACAAGCUUUAACUUUCAGGCUGUUUUGUCCAAAUCUAAUAACUGAAUUUGAUGCUAUUAAAUAAUAAUGACUAAUAGAGCGGUCAUGCUAUUUUCAACA